AAUAGAGGUAGAGGUAGUUAUAAUCUUUAAUUAGUGACCAAGAAAUGAUUUAACCCAAACAAGAACCACGUGCGUCAAAACAUCUGUAUUUGACCUCUAUGACCUGGUUCUUGGCGAUCCCGACACUCAAAUGAUCAAAAUUGACGUAUGUCGCCAUGCACAGUUGACUGGGGGAGCAUGAGAGGACGGGAAAAAUGAGGAGACAGGACUGUGCAGUGUGGAUAGACGAAGGUCAUUAAAGGACGUCGACUAUGUCAACAGAAGUUUCUUUUGCUACAAAUUCUUUGUGACCAUGCGAUUAUGAAAGGUUUGCGUGAGAAGCGGAACACGCGAGCGUAAAAAUCUUUAUUUCACAUGCGCAAGUCGUGGCGUCUCUCUCCCUCCCUUCGUGCGGGGCGGACUUUAACCAAACCAAGUUUCCUGCCCCGUAAACGCGCACCAUCAGUCCUUCCUAUCAUUGCUGAGGAACUGACCUGAUUUCGUUCACCAUGAGAGACCUUCACUUUAAGGACAACUUUUGGAACCCAGAGCUGACCUGUACGGCAGGAUACGAUGCCAUCAUACAGCACCUCACCGACGGCAAGAGGACCUGCAGGGAGGUGGAAGACUUCAUGAAAGCCAGAGCAGCUAUAGAGGAAAAGUAUGCCAAAGAGCUGCUGGGUCUCUCCAAGAAAGUGUGUGGACACAACGAGAUGAACACGCUGAAGAGAUCCCUGGACAUGUUCAAACUGCAAACAGAGCAUGUGAGCCUGUCCCACCUCACUCUGGCCCAGACCAUGCGGGAGGAGGCACGGAGGUUGGAGGACUUCCGGGAGAAGCAGAAGGAAGCAAGGAAGAAGGUGGAACAGCAGAUGGAUGCUUUUCACAAACAGAGGGCCACACAGUUCAAGAAGACCAUGGAGACAAAGAAGACCUAUGAACAGAAGUGUCGAGACAGGGAGGAGGUGGAGCAGAACAUGAACCGCAAUGCAGGCACCACCAACACCAAGCUACUGGAGAAGCUGUACACUAAAGCCCAGCACGCCAAACAGACAGCAGAAGAAGCCGACAAGAUGUACGUACAGAAUGUGUUGGUGUUGGGGAAAAUCCGAGAGGACUGGCAAACAGAGCAUGCCAAGGCCUGUGAGAUAUUUGAGAAGCAAGAGGUGGAGAGGAUCAGUACUCUGAGGAACAUGGUUUGGACGCACCUGAACCAUCUGUCCCAGCAAUGUGUCACCAGCGACGAGCUUUAUGAGGAAGUGAGAAAGUCUCUGGAGCAGUGUGACAUCCAGGAGGACAUUGGACACUUCAUCAACCUCCGCAGAACAGGGGACAAACCUCCAGCUCCUGUCCUCUAUGAGAACUUCUAUAGCGGGCAGAGAUCCACAGGCCCAUGCCCCUCCCCCAGACAGCCUCCUCCAAUCAUCAGGAAGGGACCUUUGCCUGAUCCUUUGAACAAUACUGGGGAUGUGGUCUACGCCACAGUCCAGGAACCAGGAUACAGCCUGCUACAUCACUAGUACACACACGCGUGCAGACACUGAUACAUGCACACACACACAUGCUUGCACACACAUACCUGCACACUGGUUCCCAUUCCCCAACAGUCAUGAAUUAAGUCACCCUGAACUAGACACAGAGCAUAGAAAAAAUAGACUUGCCCAUGGUUGAGCUUGUCCUUAUGACUGUGUUUAAACAGUCCAAGAGGUGUUAGUGGGGAUACAGACUGUGUGUGUGUGUGUGUGUGUGUGUGUGUGUGUGUAAACAUAAUCACAUCAACAGUUCUGUAGAAGAAACACCCAUAAACAUUCCUUCUAACAAGUCUGUGAUCAGUAACUGAUCCAAGGUCACCAGGAGGUUUUCUACCCGGUCUUUUAUUGAGCUUAAUUUUGUUCCAGGAACUGUGAUGCAUUCAGGGUUAGAGCUACACAGCUAUACUAUGAUGCGUCAUACAGAUGGAAUGUCUAUUUAUUUUGUAAUAAAAAUAUGGUUGAAUAUGUA